UUUCAUGAUGGAGAGCGGAGGCCAGCAGCAGAACUCCUCGGCCCCCCAGCCGCCCCCGGCCGGCCACCAGAUAAUACAUGUGCGGGGGGACUCGGAGACGGACUUGGAGGCGCUCUUCAAUGCAGUCAUGAACCCCAAAACCGCCAACUUGCCCCAGACAUUACCCAUGAGGAUGAGGAAACUUCCCGACUCCUUCUUCAUGGGGUUUAACAACGCCACACUUGCCUCUUUACAGGCCAGCACAGAUGGCGGAUCAGCAGGCGCAUUGACUCCCCAACACGUUCGCGCACACUCCUCCCCAGCCUCCCUGCAGCUCGCCGGAGUUUCUCCCGGUGCACUUUCUCCGCAAGGUGUGGUUUCUGGUCAGUUAUCUGCCCCACCGGGUCAGCAUCUUCGACAGUCUUCCUACGAAAUCCCAGACGACGUCCCUCUGCCUCCAGGAUGGGAGAUGGCCAAAACCCCAUCAGGACAAAGAUAUUUCCUCAACCAUAUUGAACAGACCACCACAUGGCAAGACCCUCGGAAAGCAAUGUUGUCACAGAUGAAUGUCUCUGCUCCCACCAGCCCCCCAGUGCAGCCAAACCUUAUGAACCCAACAGGUCCCUUGCCAGAUGGGUGGGAGCAGGCCAUCACUCAAGAAGGGGAGAUUUACUAUAUAAACCACAAGAACAAGACCACAUCGUGGCUAGACCCACGGUUAGACCCACGCUUUGCUAUGAACCAGCAGAGAUUGAGUCAGAGCGUGCCAGUGAAAGCUCCUCCUCCCAUGCCCCCACAGAGCCCGCAAAGUGGUGUCAUGGGAGGUGGGGGCAGUCAGAUUAGGCUCCAACAGCUUCAGAUGGAGAAGGAACGCCUGCGACUCAAGCACCAAGAACUGCUCCGGCAGGUGAGGCCACAGGUUAGAAACGGCCCUUUUUGCAAGGAACUAGCUCUUCGUAGUCAGAUCCCAACCAUGGAACAAGAUGGCGGUACUCAGAACCCCGUGUGUUCAUCAGGAUUAACUCAAGAGCUCCGCACAAUGACCAUGAACAGUUCCGAUCCUUUCCUCAACAGUGGCACCUAUCACUCCAGAGAUGAAAGCACAGAUAGCGGAUUAAGUAUGAGUAGUUACAGUGUACCCAGGACCCCCGACGACUUCCUUAACAGUGUUGAUGAAAUGGACACAGGUGAUGCAAUCAACCAAAGUAGUAUGCCCUCCCAACCAAACCGAUUCCCUGACUAUUUGGAAGCACUUCCAGGAACAAACGUGGACCUUGGUACUUUAGAGGGGGAGGCAAUGAACGUGGAAAGCGAAGAACUCAUGCCAAGCCUGCAAGAAGCUUUGAGUUCCGACAUCCUAAAUGACAUGGAAUCUGUUCUGGCUGGCACCAAACUGGAUAAAGAAAGUUUCCUUACAUGGUUAUAGAAGCAACCAGAAGUUUCUUGGUAUGGUCAACAAAGCUUCUUGGUCCUGAAGGAUUUUGCUCAUCAAGGGUGCCUAUAAACUUCAAGCUGAACAAGGCUACUUGGCAGACUUUUAUGUUCCAAAUGAUCAAACUUUUAAA